UUGUGACCAAAUUGGCUAAUUCUUCUUACUAGAAUCUUUGUAGUGGGGCUAGGCCCACCAGUGCCACCUUACCUUCCAGCCUAGUUGGCCCACUACGAAAAAGAGCCGAUAAACAAUCACCGCCAAACCUCUUAAACCUAUUGCCACUUUACAAAGUCAUUAUGAUUCACGAACCUCAGACAAUUAUUCUCCUACUCGGCAGCCGCCUCCUCAAAAAUCGGCUCAGCCAUCAAUUCCACCAGUCACGAUGUCGAAACCCCACGCUCCACCGCCGAAGCCUCUGAUCAAGCACAAGUCAUGGUCGCCGGACGCCCACCGCGACGAGGCGUGGCUUCGCCGGAAAGACAGGCAUAGAGCCGUUGGUCUCCAUCGCAGCAAGAGCGUAUCUGACGAGGACUUGGAGGAGUUAAAGGCUUGUUUCGAGCUCGGAUUCAGGUUCGAUUCGCCACAUUCGGAUCCGAAGCUAACGGAUACGCUCCCUGCGUUAGGGUUAUAUUACGCUGUUCACAAGCAGUACAGCAAGAGCCUAUCGAGAUCUUCGUCGUCCUCUUCGAUGUGCUCCGAUAAUGAUUGUGAAAGCUCUAGCACCAUAAUCGAUCCAGGUGAUGAUUCGAAGAUGGUGAAGACGAGAUUGAGGCUAUGGGCCCAGGUUGUUGCUUGCUCGGUACGGAAAUCUUCUUCCGGGUGAUUAUUUUAGGAUGAAAAUAAAAAUUUUAAAGAAAAAACAAUGUAUAGAUAGAGGAGAAAGAUGGGUAUUAUUCGAUUUUUUAUUGUUUAUUUUAUCAUUUUAAAUUCAUUCAUUUCAUUAUAUAUAUAGUUUAAAAAAAAAUCAUUUUUAUGGGGCAAUUCCUUUCUUACCUAAGAAAAAGAAAAGAAUAUGCGAAGGAGUAUAGUAUUGUGCAUUAAGUCAAAAUUUGUGUAUGAGAAAUUUAAAAUAUUAAAUAUAAAUAAUUAAAUGUUGAAACUAAA